UGGCUCUCGGGCACAUGUCAAAAGACGCACAUUGCGUUCCAUAUGUAAGAUAUCUUAUGUCAAAGUAGGUCCUGUGGCGACGAACAAGCUUCCUAGUGAUUGUGUUCAUCGGAUCCACAGGUAACAUACAACAAAUCUGACACUACGGCUUUUAAAUACAGCCAUGGCGAGCCGAGCUGACGAUGAGGAAAAUAGGAGCCCUAUAAACUGUCUAAACAGCAUUACUGAUUUAGAUAAUCCGAAUGAUAAUUCUUCGAACUCCAGCGAUGACGGAAAUGCUUUUGAUAACACGAAAGAGAACGUGAACAAGGCAGAGAACGGAACGAAAAACACUGAAGUUAUGCAGACACCAAAUGUCGCUGAUCUCUUAUCGGGUAAAAAUUUGACAUUUUCUCCGGAACAAGUUGCGUGUGUUUGCGAGGCGUUGCAACAAAGUGCUAACAUUGAUCGUUUAGCAAGAUUCUUGUGGUCUCUCCCGCCCAGUGAGCUCCUUCGCGGGAGCGAGGCCGUCUUGAAGGCCCGAGCAACAGUCGCAUUCCAUCGUGGUAGCUUCAGAGAACUUUACGCAAUUUUAGAAAGUCAUAACUUUGAUACCUUAAACCACCCAAUGCUACAGCAAAUGUGGUACAAAGCUCAUUACUUAGAAGCUCAAAAAAUCAGAGGUCGACCUUUAGGUGCGGUGGAUAAAUAUCGUCUCCGAAGGAAAUAUCCCCUGCCCAAAACGAUCUGGGACGGAGAAGAAACAGUGUAUUGCUUCAAAGAAAAGUCGAGACAAGCUUUGAAAGACUGUUACAAGCAAAACAGAUAUCCCACCCCGGACGAAAAACGGAAUUUGGCAAAGAAAACGGGGUUAACUCUAACACAAGUCAGCAACUGGUUCAAAAAUAGACGACAGAGAGACCGAACACCUCACCAACAGCAUUGUCGAAGCGACAUGUUGAUGGGUGAAGAAAAUAUGUCACAUCAUAUACAUGGUAGCCUCCACAGUCAACACAGACAAGACCACGAACACGAUCUAGCGAGAAAAUACAAUUUAUCUACUAAGAUCUUAGAAGAAGCACAGACCAAUAUGUCUUUAAAUUUGGUGAAAAAUGAAGGACUGAUGCAUACGCAUGCGCAGCAUUAUAUGUGUGGGACCAUGGACCAUCACAUGGGCAUGUGACUAUAAAAUGUGCAUAUACCGCAUAACAGGUAUUAGAAACAAAAGGUGUAAUAUAGAGCAGGUAUUUCCAAUAAUACGUGCAUCCAGCGCAAGUAUUAGAACUUAAAGUUACACUUCUAGCGGAAGUUGCGUAUUUACUACUGAAGCGGAUGUAUGUGUGCAUUGGCGUAAAAAAUCAAAUUGAAGUACCGCCCCAGUUAAAGGUGAUCCAGAGCGCUCAUUUGUCCAACUCUGCCGGACCAUUAGAGUGAAGUUGAAUAGGCUUAGGGCACAGAGAACACUCAGAACAGAGAGGUUCUUUAACUCAUGAUAAAAGUUCAAAAAAUAAAGGCGUAUACUAUAGUGUUUUUUCAAAUAAUCGCCAAGUAAAUCCAGCCAAUCAGUUCGAGAGUAUGCUUUUAUAACAUAGAUGCUGGUCAUGCAACAAUCUUUCACGUCGUGCAAUUAUUUUGGAUUGUUGAAAGGGCAUUACGUGGACGGGGCAUCUUGAUUCUCAAGGUUUUAGUUGCUCCAACUGUUAUAACCACUUGGAAUUCGAAGAUGGGGAUGGGGACGCUUUAAAUCACUCUAUUUAGAGUCAAAUAUACAAGAUAUAAAAAUAUCAAAUCGGAGGAAGUCACGCAUCUCAGGGUUCAGUAUUCAAAUAAAACUGAUCUCAAUUUUAUUUUAACAAUGGUAUGUUUGAUCGAUCCACAAACAAGCAGAUAGAUCUGUUCUAUGCGUAUCUGAAAUAUAUCUAGAUGAUCUUAUAAUGAGUAAAUAAUGUUAUGAAAUUAGCAGGAAACAUGUGCUGCAAUAGUCUAGAUCGGUGCUUUAGGGUUAAGGAAGAGAAAAAUCACAUUGUCAAUCACACCACCUUCAACGUCAUAUCAAUAUAUUUUGAGCCCGUAAUCUGAACUAUACAGAAGUUCAAUCGUAUCUAAUUUCCAUAACACCGUCACCUUUUCCGGCCAUCUUCACCUUCAACACAUGUGCGCCAACGGAACUUCAAAUAGAGAAAAUAUGGAAAUAACGUUCCUAAGGAAUUAUGCUCCACCUUAUGUAUUGCCCUUAUUGCCCCUGUUUCUGUAAACUAAUAAGCAAUGAAGUAGUAUUUGGGUCACUCUAUUCAACAAUGGAGGGGGGGGGGUGAGAGAGCGAAGUUACCUGCCCAUUGGAAAACAAUAAUUCCAAAUUAAACUCAAAAUGGUCUCACACAGAGUACAAUCUCGUCAACAGCUGGACUUGAUGGACUUUUCUAAAUUUUACAUUUUAAAAAUGACCUCAUAUUUAAGAUGCCUCGAUGUUCGUUACCUCUGGUAUGAAUACACCUAACGGAAGGACGGUGCUUUGGGUCUAACUCAACUUAGUCAAUACAUAUGGCAUAGGUACAUAUGGGUACCAUAUUGACCUUUGUUGAGGUUAUAGUCCCUUACCUCAAUCACCAUUGGUUGUAUCGAUAUGCAAUGACAAAACAACCACUGAACUUUCUGGGGACCGUUAUUUCUGUUGUUUGGAAAUAUUCAAGCUAAUUUGCUCUAGGGAUUAUACAAUCACCAAGCCAUUUUCUUAUAAAUACAUGAUACAAAAUUUAUUGCUGUCUUACCGUUCAGAGUUGUGAAAAGUCCUAACUGAUUCAACCGAAACCGAAUACACCUGUAGGCCUUUAGAAAAGAACAAUAAAUUCGAAGCAACAAUAAUAUCAAAAAGGUUAAAUUUGAAAUUGUCCUUACGAGACAGUCAGACUCAUGACAAUAUUGAAUUUCUAAGCAUUAUAUCAAUUCAUAUUUCGUGUAAUAAGCAUCCCAGCACAAAAACAUUCAAUUAUCUCUGUUAUUUUUAUAUUUCCAAUUUACUAUCGCUGCAUUUUGCGUGACGAACCAAAAUAAGGGUUCGCAUUUUUCGAAAAUUGAGGGUAAUUUAGCGAAUUUGUAUACAUGUAUACUCACAGAUGAUGCAUUUUGACUUUUGUUGGCGCCUUCAUGUGAACUUUAUGAUUUAAUUCAUGAAGUUACCCUUUAUUUUUAAUAAUAGACAUCUUUGUGAACCGAAUAAGAUUAUAAAGUCU